GCACUAUUUCAGCGCCUCACUGAAACCCUCACAGAGCGUGAUGUUACCCUGGUUCUGGACACACUCCAAAAACUGUUUGAUCUCACAGAAGCAAGGCUGCCGCUGCUGUGCCAGCUGGGUUCCCUGAGGCUCUUGGCUGGAGUGCAGCGGCUCGAUCUGGGCACACCACAACCUCCACCUCCCGGGUUCAAGCAAUUCUCCUGCCACAGCCUCCUGAGUAGCUGGGAUUACAGGUGGGUGCCACCAUGCCUGGCUAUUUUUUUUUUUUUUUGUAUUUUUAGUAGAGACGGAGUUUCACCAUGUUGGUCAGGCUGGUCUCAAACUCCUGACUUCGUGAUUUGCCCACCUCGGCCUCCCAAAGUGCGGGAUUACAGGCAUGAGUCACCAUGCCCGGCCGGUCUCUCCCUUUUGUAAGAGCUUUUAGAAUUGUCAAUAGAUGGUGAAUUGUAUCAUAAUUUCUGCAUCUAUUGAAGUGCACCAUUGAGUUGAUGGAGUUCUUCCCUGCUUGCCCAUAUGGUGAACAACACUGACUUUCUUUUCUUUUUUUUUUUGAGAUGGAGUUUCACUCUUGUUACCCAGGCUGGAGUGCAAUGACACGAUCUCGGCUCACCAAAACCUCUGCCUCCUGGAUUUGAGCAAUUCUGCCUCAGCCUCCUGAGUAGCUGGGAUUACAGGUGUGUGCCACCAUGCCCAGCUAAUUUUUUGUAUUUUUAGUAGAGACAGGGUUUCACCAUGUUGACCAGGAUGGUCUCAAUCUCUUGACCUCGUGAUCCACCCACCUCGGCCUCCCAAAGUGCUGGGAUUACAGGUUUGAGCCACCGCGCCCGGCCCAACACUUACUUUCUGAUGUUGAACAAUCCCUGAAAUAAACUCUGCUUGGUUUCCAUCAGUUUUCUUUUUGUUUCCCUUUAGAUUUUGUAAUUUAUUUUGGAUUUUUGCAUCCAAGUCCAUAAUUGUAACUAGACAAAUACAGGCAGAUUUUAAAAGGACAAGUUGGGAGGCUGAGGUGGAAGGUUCACAAGAGCCUGAGAUUGAGGCUUCAGCGAGCCUUGAUUUCGCCACUGCACUCCAACCUGGGUGACAGAGCAAAGACCCUGUCUCUAAAAAAUAACAAAAGGUUGAGUUUACCUACAGUCUCACCAAACAGUGAAAGAGCUUAUCUUCCUCUUGAAGCAGGAGGGACUGUAAGAAAGACCUCUCAAACACAGAACUGGGAAGGAAGGGGUGAUUUAUUCCGUUGGGAGCAAGGUGGUAUAGUCACCUAAUAGCCAAGCUUGUCUAACGAAGGAAAUCUCUGCCUUUAUAUAGGCUCACAACUCUAGAUAUUCAUGUGACACAGGGUGUUGGGUUUACAGUUUUAGAAAGCACAUGUGAGGGGGUCUGAUGGAUGAAGUAAGCGUAGGGGUUUGAGCAAGAUUGAAUGGGAACAAUAGAGGGCGUUUCUCCAUAUAGCCCCCACCCUUAAGAUCGCCUGAGGACCUUAAAGGGGGGUUUAAUCUUUAACCUCCAGAUCGCUGACCUCAUGCCUGCUAUGUCUCAACUUUUACUUCCUCCUUUGAGACAAGAGACAGGAAGAGGGGUUUCUUUCCUCACUCUUGUUUCCUUUACAGAUCUUGCUCAUGUAUUUUUAUAAUUUUAGUUACCUUAACAUAAAUGCCAAAUCAAUUUCUACUUUUUCACUAGACAUCAUCAUAGCUCUAGGCACAGGCAAGCCGCAUCAUGAUUUUUUUUUUUUGAGACGGAGUUUCACCUGUUGUUACCCAGGCUGGAGUGCAAUGGCAGGAUCUCGGCUCACCGCAACCUCCGCCUCCUGGGUUCAGGCAAUUCUCCUGCCUCAGCCUCCUGAGUAGCUGGGACUACAGGCAUGUACCACUGUGCCCAGCUAAUUUUUGUAUUUUUAGUAAAGACGGGGUUUCACCUUGUUGACCAGGAUGGUCUCGAUCUGACCUUGUGAUCCACACGCCUCGGCCUCCCAAAGUGCUGGGAUUACAGGCGUGAGCCACCGCGCCGGCCCCCAAACGCAUUUCAACCAUUACAAUUGUGUCCUUUUUUGUGGUUACUGUAACCACUUCAGUGAACCAUUUAAUGGCAUAAUGUGUUUAAAUUAUUUUUUUUCCUUCCUGGGAUAGUUCCCAGGAGAGGGAUAACUGGAUUAAAAGAUAUAAACAUAUUUAUAGAUUCUGGUAUUUAUAAGUCUUUUUCACAAGAGAUCGAUCAGUUUGCAAUGUGGGGGAAGCAAACUUGCCUGCAUUCAGUAUUAGUUUUUUUUUUUUUGAGACAGAGUCUUGCUGAGAUGGUGCAGUGGCACCAUCUCAACCCACUGCAACCUCUGCCUCCCGGGUUCAAGCGAUUCUCCGGUCUCAGCCUCUUGAGUAGCUGGGACUACAGGUGCGCGCCACCAUGCCCAACUAAUUUUUGUAUUUUUAGUAGAGAUGGGGUUUCACCAUGUUGGUUAGGAUGGUCUCGAUCUCUUGACAUUGUGUUCCACCUGCCUAGGCCUCCCAAAGUGCUGGGAUUACAGGCGUGAGCCACUGCGUCCAGCCCCAGUAUUAGUAUUUUAUUAACCUUUCAUUGAUCCAAUUGCGGCUCUUUGACACAAUUUUCGACUAAGUGUGAUCCGGCCGGUGUGAGCAGGGGCAGGUAUGGGGCUGCGCUCGGGCUCCCCCUGCCGUCCAUUGUGACGUAGCCCUUUUGGCGCCCCCUGCCGCCCAUUGUGACGCCUGCCAGCAGGCUGGGUUCCUCAGACGGCUGGCAUUUAGGCACGGUCUCCACAGCCAUGGCCGAGAGUCAGGAGCUGCUGCUGCAGCUGCAGAAGGAUAACCGAGAUGGUCGCCUGCGGAAGCAGGAGCUAGAGAAGCUGAUGCGCGGGCUCGAGGCCGAGAGCGAGAGCCUCAACCGGCACCUGCAGGACCUGAGCGAGUGCGAGCGCAGCCUGCUGCGCAAGCGAAGCCAGGCAGCGCAGGCUCUGCCAGGGAAGGCGCGAGAGGCUGCGCGGGAGCGCGCAGAGCGGGUGCGCAGAAGGCUGGAGGAGGCGCAGCGCCACAAGGAGGACUUGGAGCAGCGCAACCGGCAGUUGCAGGAGCAGUGGGAGGAGCUGUCGAGUCAGCUCUUCUACUACGGAGGGGAACAGCAAGGCCAGAAGCGCACGGAGCAGCAAAUCGCAGCCCAGUUGGUGACUCUGCAGAAUCAACUGGGGCUGGCGGAGACCAAGUACGCCUUGCAGGAGGAGAAGCUGCAGCAGGGCGCGCUGCAGACAGCGGAGGCCUGGGCCGUAUUCCAGGAGCAGACCAUAGUCUUGCAGGAGGUGCAGGUGAAGGUGAUGGAGGCGGCGGCGGAGCUUGACGCCUGGCAGAGUGGCCAUGAACCGUAUGGGAGUUGGGCCUGUGGGUGCAGCGGGGCGCUGUGGGGCGGGCUGGGCUCCCACUUGCAUGCCUGUCCCCGCAGGUGUGGCGGGCAGCUUUGCAGAGUGCAGUAUAGCACCGAGUCGCUCAUGGAGGAGGUGGCCCGGGCGGACCAAGUGAGCGCCUGUGCGGGCCCGGGCGGGGCGGGCUGGAGCAGGACAACCCUCUCCGUCCAUCUUUGGGACCGCCUUCCGCUCCCCCUGGAAACCUGCCCCCCUCUCCCCGCAGGAGAUGCGGCUGUUCGGCGGCCCACGCGCACAGGCCAUCAGGCGGUGCGUGCUGGGAGCGCUGAAGGUGCUUCUGACGCUGCCACUUUUCUUCCUGGGGCUGUCGCUGCUUUACAAGGCGCUGUUGGACCCCAGCGCCGUCUCCGCGUGGCUCCAAAGCCUAACUUCGGAGACCACACUACGACGGCUGCGCUACACGCUGUCCCCACUGCUGGAGCUGCGCGCGAACGGACUGCUGCCCACCUAAGGGCAGCGCCCCAGCCGCUCGCGUCUGUCUCCGGGCGGACUCUGGGACACCUGGCUUUAUUUCUAGUACGCCCCUCUCCUAAGAGUGUAGACCAAGGUGGCCUGAUAAACUCCUCAAAGGGAUGAGGCUUGUAGAUAUGUCAUCUUCUUCCAUGGCAUGUAGGAUCUUUUUUUUUUUUUUUAGCCUCCAAAGAUUCCUUCCUUUCUUACAGCUCAUGGAUUUAAGAUUCCCCCUCCCCAGUAUUGUAAACAGCAUUUUUUUUUUUGUUUUUCAGGAUAAUUUGCCAUAUUGCCAGAAACUUGUACACGGCAUUUGACACUUUUUCUUUGCCAAUUUGACAAGCUGCCUCUUUCAAGUAUUGUGAUUUGAAAUUAUUUCUACCAUUUUAUAACACAUUGAUCCUUAUUUUUCAGUGAUCUUCUUUCCUUCUGUUUAUUUGGGAAGCCACUCUGUAUUCUGGUAUUCUUACUCUGUGAACUCAGCUGAUCACUGUCAUCUUCCCCAAAACACCACCUUAAAGCAUUUUAUUUUUAUUAUUUGAGACGGAGUCUCGCUCUGUCGCCCAGGCUGGAGUGCAAUGACGUGCUCUCAGCUCACCGCAACCUCCGCCUCCUGGGUUCAACAAUUCUCCUGCCUCAGCCUCCCAAGUAGCUAGGAUUACAGGUGUGUACCACCAUGGCAGGCUAAUCUUUGUAUUUUUAAGUAGAGACCAGGUUUCACCAUGUUGGUCAGGCUGGUCUCAAACCCCUUACCUUGUGAUCCACCCGCCUUGGCCUCCCAAAGUGCUGGGAUUAUAGGCGUGAGCCACCGCGCCCAGCCCCUUAAAGCAUUUUAAUGCUGGUCUUUCCCUCUGAUCACAUGUGCUUUUUUCUCUUUUUUUUUUGAGAUGGAGUCUAGCUCUGUUGUCCAGGCUGGAGUGCAACAGCACAAUCUUGGAUCACUGCAACCUCUGCUUCCUGGGUUCAAGCAAUUCUCCUGCCUCAGCCUCCUGAAUAGCUGGGAUUACAGCCACUUGCCAUCAUACCUGGCUCAUUUUUUUAUUUUUGGUAGAGAUGGGGUUUCAUCAUGUUGGCCAGGCUGGUCUCAAACUCCUGACCUUGGCAUCCCAAAGUGCUGGGAUUACAGGGGUGAGCAGUCGUGCCCAGCCUUGUUUUUUUUUUUUUUUUAGAUGAAGUUUCAUUCUUGUUGCCCAGGCCAGAGUGCAAUGGUGUGAUGUCAGCUCACCACAACCCAGGUUCAAGUGAUUGUCCUGCUUCAGCCUCCUGAGUAGCUGGGAUUAUAGGCCUGCACCAACACACCUGGCUAAUUUUGUAUUUUUAAUAGAGACAGGGUUUAUCCAUGUUGGUCAGGCUGGUCUCAAGCUCCUGGCCUCAGGUGAUCCACUAGCUUCAGCUUCCCAAAGUGCUAGGAUUACAGGUGUGAGUCAUGGUGCCUGGCCUUUUUUUUUUUUUUUUAAAUAAGAGAUGGGAUCUCACUAUAUUGCCCAGCCUGGUGUCAAACUCUUGGACUCAAGUGAUCCUCCUGCUUUGGCCUCCCAAAGUGCUGGGAUUACAGCUGUUUGUGUCUAUUUUUGUGCUAUUUUUGUCUAGUAUUUUAGUUUCACUGAUUUUUACAUUUUUUCAGGUAUCUUACUGUUAUUUAUAACUUCCACUGUGGCCAGAGAACACCCUCUGCACGAUUUUAAUUCUAUCUCAUUUACUGAGAUAGAGACUUUUUUUGUGGCCCAGCACAUAGUUUGUAACGAACAUUGAGAAGAAAGUGUAUUGUUGCUGUUGACAGUGUUUAAUAAAUACCCAGCAGGUCCGGGUGGGUAACAGG